UACAACCUUCCGUAUUCCCCCUUCGCAGACGUCCUUGAGUCCUUGAGACGGAUGUGAGCGGAGUUUUUCAGCCCUCAUGCAAAACAACCAUCUAAACAUAACAGAUGACAUCAGCUUGGGCUUUUCAAUUCCUGGAUGGCAGCGGCGUGUUAAUCCAGCCUUCAUCCUGGAUUUCAUAAACUAAAACAAGAGAGGCUGGCAGGAGCUCAGCGCUGCCGCUGGGUUGAGGAAAUUGAUGACGGGAAAGCAUGCGGGCAACACAGUGUAUAAAACUCAUAAACGUGUAGGCAGAAGCUCAGCUACUUCUUUGGACGGCUGCUUCCCGCCAGCAAAGACCGCGACGGCAGGGAGCUGAGCCGGAGCCAGCUGGAAGACAUGAAGAGCCUCUUGCUGCUGACCACACUCCUGGUACCUGUGCACCUGGCUAUGGCCUGGAGCGCCAAGUAUGCAGUGGAUUGCCCAGAACAAUGCGACAGUAGUGAGUGCAGAAGCAGCCUGCGUUGCAAGAGGACAGUGCUGGAUGACUGUGGCUGCUGUCAGGUGUGCGCUGCGGGGCCCGGAGAGACCUGCUACCGUACAGUCUCAGGCAUGGAUGGCGUCAAGUGCGGUCCGGGGCUGAAGUGUCACUUUUACAGUGAAGAGGAUGAUUUUGGUGACGAGUUUGGUAUCUGCAAAGACUGUCCCUAUGGCACUUUCGGGAUGGAAUGCAAAGAGAUCUGCAAUUGCCAGUCGGGCAUCUGUGACAGGGUGACCGGGAGGUGUCUGGAAUUUCCCUUUUUCCAGUACGCAGCAGCCAAGUCGCCCAGCAGGACCACUGCCUCUCACACAGAGCGUGACGCAGCAUCUGGAGACGGCAAUGCUGGGAGAGAAGAGCUUGUGGAGGGGAAUGCUGCUCGGCCCUCUGUAAUGAAAUGGUUAAAUCCACGCUGAUCCUGGCUGGGGUUUGCCAAGAGACGGCUCCACUUUAAUGACCAACAUCCAGCCAACAUUUUAAGAACUGUCUAGAGCAUAGACUAUGGACAUAUAAUUUAUGAAGAUCAAGUGUGAUUCAGAGUGGGUCCAGAAAAAAAUGUAGGCUAUAGACAACCCAUAAAACACAUAUGACUGAACACUUUUUGUUAACUAUUUAAAUGCAUAUAGAUCAUCUGGGGUGUGUGUGUGUGUGUGUGUGUGUGUGUGUGUGUGUGUGUGUG